AUGUCUCGUCGAAAGCAAGCGAAACCCCAGCAUCUCAAAUCGGAUGAAGAGCUGCAAGCGGAGGUAGUUUCUGAGCACGCAGUCCCUGGAGAAGGAGCAGAUGAUGGUGAUAGUGGGAACGAGAGCAGGAGCGGAAGCGAAGAAACCAACGUUUGUGAGAAAUGCUGCGCCGAGUUCUUCAAGUGGACAGACUUCCUGGAGCACAAGAAGAGCUGCACUAAAAACCCCCUGGUGCUGAUCGUGAAUGAAGAUGAAGCAGCUCCACCCCCCACUGAGGAGUUCCCUGAUCCCUCACCUGCUAGCUCUCCUAGUGACCAGGCAGAGAGUGAAGCUGCUGAAGAAGGCGUCCAGGCAGAAAACAACGAUUGCUCUGAGAUAAAAACCACGGAAAAGGAAGAAGAGCCAAUGGAGGUAGAAACUUCUGCAGAGAGAAGUUUCCAGAAUCAAGGCACUUCAAACACAGCUACACCUCUACCUCAGAUCCCAGAACCAUCUUCCAUGACAAGCUAUAACAUGCCAAACACCAAUGUCACGCUAGAGACUCUGCUGAGCACCAAGGUGGCUGUAGCACAGUUCUCACAGAGCACGCGGACUGCUGCCUCUGCGAGCAUCAGCAGUGGGGUGACGGCCGUGGCCAUACCCAUGAUUCUGGAGCAGCUCAUGGCCCUCCAGCAGCAGCAGAUCCAUCAGCUCCAGCUCAUCGAGCAGAUCCGCAGUCAGGUGGCAAUGAUGAACCGCCAGCCACUACGGCCAUCCCUGAACCCGGUCCUGGCUGCCCAGGGUGGUCCUGGACAGGCGUCCAACCAGCUGCAGGGCUUUGCCACCAGUGCAGCCGUCCAGCUGACCGCAGUCAUUCCUUCUGCCAUUGUGGGCCAGGCUGCCAGUGGUCAGCCUCCUGCCUUCGACAGCUCUCAGCACAUCCCAAGACCGACAUCUGGAGCAAGUACGCCCAGUAUAUCCAGCGGUGGCUCUUCUGCCCUACCCGAGUCAAGCGUACCCUCCUCCUCAAACGCAGUUGCAUCCAUAACUCCUGUUUCUGUGUCAAACGCUCCUAACAGUGCUUUGCAGCCCCAGAACGCUUCAACGACGCCUUCCAUUGGACAUGGAAGUCUCACCUCAGUGUCCAGCCUGCCAAACCCACUUCUACCUCAGUCUUCAGCAAAUAGCGUGAUCUUCCCCAAUCCACUGGUUAGCAUUGCUGCAACUGCUAACGCGCUGGAUCCUCUCUCUGCCCUUAUGAAGCACCGCAAAGGAAAGCCACCAAACGUGUCGGUGUUUGAACCCAAGUCAAGCUCUGAGGAUCCUUUUUUUAAACAUAAAUGCCGAUUUUGUGCCAAGGUCUUUGGAAGUGACAGCGCUUUACAGAUUCACCUCCGCUCACAUACAGGCGAAAGACCUUUUAAAUGUAACAUCUGCGGAAACCGCUUUUCCACAAAGGGCAACCUGAAGGUUCAUUUUCAGAGGCAUAAAGAGAAAUACCCUCAUAUUCAAAUGAACCCUUAUCCUGUUCCAGAAUACCUCGAUAAUGUGCCCACCUGCUCUGGGAUCCCAUACGGGAUGUCACUGCCCCCUGAAAAGCCAGUCACAACGUGGUUAGACAGCAAGCCUGUUUUACCCACUGUACCAACUUCCAUCGGGCUCCAGCUGCCCCCCACCAUACCUGGUAUGAAUAGUUACAGAGAUUCUCCAAGUAUCACUCCCAUGAGCAGGUCACCCCAGAGGCCUUCUCCUGCCUCCAGCGAAUGCACUUCUCUAUCCCCGAGCCUCAACACUUCUGAGUCGGGUGUUCCUGUGUCUGCCGAAUCCCCGCAGCCUGUUCAGAGUGGCUCAUCUCUGACCAAGGCAGAAUCUGUCACUCUGCCUCCCACGAGCACAAGGCUCGGGGACCUUUCUGCAGGUGGGCAAGUUUCCACAGCUUCCACAUCUUCAAUUCCUACUGCUGUUACAGACAGCAGUGUCGUAACAAGCCUCCCAAACCCUGUGCUUCCAGCAGUGUCUGAUCAGUUUAAGGCAAAGUUUCCAUUUGGUGGUCUGCUUGACUCUAUGCAAACAUCAGAAACCUCAAAACUACAACAGCUAGUGGAGAACAUUGAUAAGAAGAUGACAGAUCCAAAUCAGUGCAUCAUUUGUCACCGUGUGCUUAGUUGUCAGAGUGCACUCAAGAUGCAUUAUAGAACGCAUACAGGAGAAAGACCAUUUAAAUGCAAAAUUUGUGGACGUGCCUUUACUACGAAAGGUAAUCUGAAAACACAUUUUGGAGUUCAUCGAGCAAAGCCACCACUUAGAGUACAGCACUCGUGUCCCAUUUGUCAGAAGAAAUUUACAAAUGCAGUUGUUCUUCAGCAGCACAUUCGUAUGCAUAUGGGUGGUCAGAUUCCAAACACGCCGCUACCAGAGGGCUUCCAGGACGCCAUGGACUCGGAGCUUUCUUACGAUGAGAAGAACGUUGACACACUGAGCAACUUUGAUGAUGACAUUGAUGAAAAUUCUAUGGAAGAGGACCCAGAGCAAAAGGACACGGCAAGUGACUCAUCCAAACCCCUUAUCUCUUACUCUGGGUCAUGUCCUUCUUCACCACCUUCUGUGAUCUCCAGUAUUGCUGCUUUGGAGAAUCAAAUGAAAAUGAUUGAUUCUGUCAUGAACUGUCAGCAGCUAACCAGUUUGAAAUCAAUAGAAAAUGGAUCAGGGGAAAGUGACCAUUUGAGCAAUGAUUCCUCAUCAGCCGUUGGUGAUCUUGAAAGCCAGAGUGCAGGCAGCCCUGCAAUGUCAGAAUCUUCUUCCUCCAUGCAAGCUUUGUCGCCUGUAAAUAGCAAUAGUGAAAGUUUCAGAUCAAAGUCUCCAGGUCUCAGUAACCACGAAGAACCCCAAGAAAUACAGUUAAAGACAGAAAAACCAGACAGUCCACCACCUGCAACUGAAAAUGGAGGUGCAUUAGAUCUGACAUCUAGCAACCCGGGAAGACCAGUCAUCAAAGAGGAGGCUCCUUUUAGCCUGCUGUUCCUGAACAGAGAACGUGGUCCCAGCCAAAGUACUCCUAGCCUGGUCACCAGUACAGCGCCUACCAUGAUCAAAAUGGAAGUGAAUGGUCACAGCAAGCCGAUCUCUUUGGGUGAGGUUCCCUCGCUUCCAGCUGGAAUCCAGGUUCCUGCUGCACCACAGACAGUGAUGAGUCCGGGGAUCACCCCUAUGCUGGCCCCCCCUCGCCGGACUCCCAAGCAGCACAACUGUCAGUCGUGCGGGAAGACCUUCUCCUCAGCAAGUGCACUGCAGAUACAUGAGCGCACCCAUACUGGUGAAAAACCAUUUGGUUGCACAAUCUGUGGUAGAGCUUUUACUACAAAGGGGAAUCUUAAGGUUCACAUGGGAACCCACAUGUGGAAUAAUGCUCCUGCCCGCCGUGGCCGACGCCUCUCCGUGGAGAACCCCAUGGCUCUGCUCGGUGGCGACGCACUCAAGUUCUCAGAGAUGUUCCAGAAGGAUUUGGCAGCUCGGGCCAUGAACGUUGACCCAAAUUUUUGGAACCAAUACGCUGCAGCUAUCACUAAUGGACUUGCUAUGAAGAACAAUGAGAUUUCUGUCAUACAGAACGGAGGCAUUCCCCAGCUCCCAGUAAGUCUAGGUGGAGGUGCCAUCCCUCCUCUAAGUAACCUUACCAGUGGCAUGGACAAAGCUCGCACGGGCAGCAGCCCUCCCAUUGUCGGUCUGGACAAAGCAAGUUCUGAAACGGGAGCCAGUCGUCCAUUCACCAGAUUUAUUGAGGAUAAUAAAGAAAUUGGCAUAAACUAA